AUGGAAAGACAAUUAAAUAAGUGUUGGAUGGUUAUUGGUGUUGUUAAUACUAAUAAAUGUUUUAAAUUUGUUGCAAGAAAGUGUGCAAUUGAAAAUGAAAAAGAUGAAGAAUUUAAACUUUUAGCAUUUUCUUGGAAUGAUAAUGAUGUUUUUGGGUGUGGAUUAGUUUAUCCUCCAACUAUAGUUAAUGAAUUUCCUUAUGUUUUCUUCACAAAAAAUGGACAACAAAUUGGAAAAGCUUUAUUGUUAAAGGCUAAUUCUGAUUUUUACCAGCCAUAUGUUGUAUUAGAAUGUUGUUCAGUAGAAGCAAACUUUGGAAAUAAUUUGGAGACAAAGCCUUUUAUUUAUGACAUUUCGAAACAUUUUGUUUGUAAAGAAUUUUAUUGA